AUGAACAAAGUGCAAUUGCAAUUUAUCGAUUAUUCUUCUUUCAAAGACAUAAAUACGUUAAAUAAUGGAAUGCUCAAAGCGUUUUUGAGGAAUGCGAACGCUCAUGUGAUAUUAAAGAAGCUAAAGUUACUUCAUCAAUUGAGUUAUCAUCAAAACAUUCUAACAAUCUUUGGGUACAGCAGAGAAGCUGAUGACGGAGAUUAUUUGUUGGUAAUGGAAUUUGCCAACGGAGGAGACCUACGACAAUAUUUAAAAGAGAAACACCAGAAACUCACUUGGCAUGAUAAAAUGAGGUUGGCGAUCGACAUAACAAAUGGUCUACAGUGCAUACACAGCCAUGGCAUCGUGCACACGUCCCUGCAUCCACAUAACGUGCUGGUUCAUAAUGGUAGAAUGGUAAUAGGUGACUUGGGACUUUCAAAAACGAUGGAUGCUUCAAUACCAGAAAACAUCGAAAUUUUGCCCUACAUUGAGCCUAAUGUUCUAGCCAAUCCGUCUUAUCCACGUGACAAAAGAUCAGACAUAUAUAGUUUAGGAUUAUUAAUGUAUGAAAUAUCAAGCGAGAGAGCUCCUUUCUCUUCGUUUCGUCAUAAUUUUGAAGUGGCCAAAAAAAUUUUAUCGGGAUCAAGAGACAAACCUAUCCUAGGCACACCCAUAGAGUACAUCGAUUUAUAUGAACAAUGUUGGGACAAUGAUCCCAUGGCAAGACCGACCGUCGACGGUGUAUUGUCCAUAUUGGGCAGGAUGAAUUUGACUCCGGUGUACGAUGAAGAUUUUGAGAUGACGACUUUCAAUGGGAAUUAUUUAAAAGGCGUCGAGAGAAAGGAUGUAAAAGUGAAAUUUGAAAAUUCAAUUAGUAUCGAAGUUCACCCGAACGAGGCCAAUAAUGUCGUUUCCACGUCAUCGAAGAAUCUUAAUUCGGUCUCGAAAAAAUCUGGUGGCGGAGUUGAUAGCGGGUUCAGUGAGGAGGUACGAGCAGAUGGGAGAAGAAUCGCGAAUAAAGAAGGAAAGGAGAUGCAAAUUAUUUCCAUGUCUCCCAAGAUGUAG